AUGUCGAGUUCAUGCCAGAUCGCCGGCGCGGCCAUAACCAGGCUAGCGGUUGGCAGCGCGGGCGUGCCCGCUGCGCUCCUCCCCGCCACGGUCGCGGCGCUCCGGAAGUUCUCGAGCCUCGCGCCGAACUUCGCCCCGGACUCCAUCGUGACCGCGAGCGCGCCGAAGCUGGACGCGCCCGGCGCCCCCGAGAGCGAGCGCCGACCCUUGCCCACCGCAGACAGCUCCGCCGGCCGGGACUGGACGCCGUCCAACAUGCAGCGCGUUUCGCGACGCACGUUCCGGCUCCUGGGCCCCCACUCCUGCGCGCGGUCCCGCGCGGAGGACCUGCCCGCGGGCGCGCUCCUGACCGCGCGCCAAGGCAGCCGCUACAGCAGUCAACCUUUGCGCUUCCCGGCGGAACAGGGCGCGACGGGGCACCCUUGCGCGAGCGAAAUCGAACAGAUGGACAUAGGAGAGGUCACCGAGCUGCCCGGGUACUCCGCGCGCGUGCUCCCGAUCACGCUCUCGCAGGGCGCGCAGCUCAAGCUCGCCUUCCCGGGCACCAACGCCAUCGUUUUCGUCAAAAAGUCCAGCCGCAUGGACCGCGUGGCCGUAGAGGUCCGCUCGCCCGGCCGGGAGACCCACAGCGAGAAGCUCGAGGUCACCGCGGGCGCCACGAAGGUGACGGUGCUGGAACGCAAGGGGGCCAACCUGGGCCGCUCCGGGCUCGUGCAGGUGACGGCCUGGAUCCCGGCGGGGUACUGCGGGCUGGACGUGGAGACGGGGGGCGGGGACGUGCACGUGGAGUCGAUCAAGGAGGCGGGGCUGACGGUGAAAACGUACGGGGGGGACAUCCGGGUGACGGCGAUGGACCAGGGGACGCACUGCCACCUGGACGCGGGGUCCGGGAAGAUCGGGGGGUCUUUCACGGCGGGCGACGUGAGCGUGGUGACCACGUCGGGCGACGUGCAGCUGUCGCGGGUGAUGGGCCGCAAGGUCAACAUCCGUAGCGCGUCGGGGCGCGUGCACUGCGCGUUCCUGUACGGCACGACGCUCGACGUCGAGUCCGGCGAGGGCGUGCUCGACAUCCUGAACAUGCACGGCGAGGACGUGGCGCACGCGCGCACGCACGGGCAGCUGCUGCACCUGGGCGGCGUGGAGGGCCGUGCGGAGGUCGACAGCGGCGGCGGCGACGUGCACAUGCUGCUGCACGACACGAUCAGCGAGGUCUCGGUGCGGUCCGGCGGCGGGUCGGUGCGGUGCUCCAUGGCGCCGUCGGCGUACGCGCACUUCGAGGCGCGGGCGAAGGACGUGAAGUUCGUGACGAAGCAGCUCCUGGACGUCAAGGUCGCGCGGGAGGCCGACGGGUGGUGGCGCGGGUCGAUCACCGGGUUCUCGCGCCCGUCGAAGAAGAAGACCCCCGCGCCCGACACGCAGGCGACCGUGCGGAUCGAUGCGGGCCCGGAGGCCGUCGUGGUGGUAGAACCGAAGAACUGGCUCGAGGCCGUGAAGGACCGCUUUGGACAGAACCAGUGGCGCCCCACGGAGCGCGAGCGCUACAAGGAGGACCGCCCGCCCGCGCCCGCGCCCGAAGCUGGCGCGGCACCGUCGACCUAA